CGGGCGCGCAAUUCCAUUCCGAGUGUAAGUAGUGAAAAGUAGUGAAAAAGUCAUAGCUGUAACUGUGCAGUUGAACAGUUAGUUGAAAAAAAAAGUGAAGUGAUGAACUGAAAUAAAAGUUCUAGUGAAGUUUUGCGAAAGGAAAUAUCCCUUUUUUACGUAAAGUGUGAAAGACUGUGCAAGGCCCCUUAAGACAACGUGCAGUGUUGAUUAUUCUUCCGUCCUACAAGACAAACGGUGCACCCGACACGAUCGCAGCAGGCUGCGGAGUAACGCACCAACAGCAGCAGUCCUUGUUCAAUUAUCUGCCAUUACUGAUAUGCUUCAUUCACCCGUCACCGCGCACCAAAAAUUAUAAUCGAAUUCGGACCUUAUCGAGAGUCUACCGCUAGUUCUACGCUGGACACCCACCGAACACCAUGUUGGUGGACCCAUUCCUGUUGGCAGCCGUCGCUGCCGUUCUCUUCCUGUUCUACCACGUGAUCAACCGCAAGUACCAAUUCUUCGCCGAACGUGGAAUACCGUACGCGAAGCCGACAUUCCUCCUCGGAAAUGGAGCCUCCGUUUUGCUCAAGAAGGAAGACCUGCUGAAGAACGUCCAGCGGACGUACAACAGUUUUCCAAAUGCCAAGAUCAUGGGAAUGUUCGACUUCAUCAAACCGAUCAUGAUGAUCCGCGAUCCGGACGCGAUCAAGCAAAUCGGCGUGAAAGACUUCGAUCACUUCGUCGACCAUACGCCACUGUUCACGCCGGCCGAUUGCGAAGACGUUGGGACGAACAGCCUCUUCGGUAACUCCCUGUUCGCACUGCGUGGACAGAAGUGGCGCGAUAUGCGGGCAACGCUGAGUCCGGCCUUCACCGGAAGCAAGAUGCGGCACAUGUUCGAGCUGGUGCUGGACUGCGCCCGCUCUACAGCAGAGUUCUUCCGCGAGGAGGCCAACGCCGGCCGGACGACCGAGUACGAGAUGAAGAACGUCUUCUCCCGGUUCAGUACGGACGUGAUCGGAUCGGUGGCGUUCGGGAUUAAGGUCGACUCGCUGCGCGAGCAGGACAACGACUUCUUCGUCAAAGGAAAGGCGCUGUUGAACUUCCAGAAUCUGAAGACCUUGGUGACGGUGAUCAUGCUUCGAUCGGCGCCGAAGCUAAUGCACCGACUGAACGUGGACAUUACCAGUCCUAAGAUGAAUGCGUACUUCAAGGACAUGAUCUUGGAUAAUAUGAAACAGCGGGAGAUCCACGGAAUUGUCCGAAAUGACAUGAUCAACAUUCUGAUGCAGGUCCAGAAGGGGGCUUUGCAGCACCAGAAGGACGAGCAGGACCAGAAGGAUGCCGGCUUUGCCACCGUCGAGGAAUCGAGUGUUGGAAAGGCUCUUAACAACCGAGUUUGGUCCGAAAACGAGCUCGUAGCGCAGUGUUUCCUGUUCUUCCUGGCCGGAUUCGACACAGUUUCCACUUGUUUGACCUUCGUGAGCUACGAGUUGAUGGCCAACCCCGAUGUCCAACAGAAACUGUACGAAGAGAUCAUGGCCGUCGAAAAGUCCCUGGAUGGUAAACCCCUGUCCUACGAAGUCCUCCAGAAGAUGCAAUACCUGGAUAUGGUGAUCUCGGAAACGCUACGCCUAUGGCCUCCGGCUCCGUUCGUCGAUCGCUACUGCGUCAAAGACUACCUCUUCGACGAUGGUCAAGGCACCAAAAUCCCUAUCGAAAAGGGUCAAAUCAUCUGGUUCCCGAUAACUGCCCUGCACCAUGACGCGAAGUACUUCCCGGAUCCGGACCGGUUCGAUCCGGAGCGUUUCAGCGAACAGAACCGGCCCAAGAUCAACCCGGCCACGUACUUACCGUUCGGAGUGGGUCCUCGGAACUGCAUCGGGUCCCGGUUUGCACUGAUAGAGGUCAAGGCGAUCGUGUACCACCUGGUGAAGAAUUUUAGCCUGGAACAGGGCGCCAAGUCUCGGGUUCCGCUGAAGCUGGAGAAGAGCAUGAUCGCCAUGAUCGUGGAGGGUGGGAUGUGGUUGAAGUUUACGCCUCGCGACGGAGGGAAGUGAGUUUGUGAUAAUAAAGCUUGAAGGGUG